AUGAAGCUCACCAUUGCUCUCGUUGUACUAUUGUCAGCCGUGUGCAUAAAUGCCCAUGCUCCGUGUUAUGGUAAGGGUUGUGGAGGCUAUGAUGGCGGUUAUGGUUUAGGAUACGGUGGUUAUGGAUUAGGAUACGGCGGAAUUGGAUUAGGAUAUGGCGGGAUUGGAUUAGGAUAUGGCGGAUAUGGAUUAGGAUAUGGCGGGAUUGGAUUAGGAUAUGGCGGAGUAUACGGUGGAUAUGGCAAGGGAUAUGGAUUAGGUUUAGGACAUAUCGGAGGAUAUGGUGGAGAUUACAUUGGAUAUGGUAGCGGAUAUGGUUUGGGUGGCGGAUAUGGUUUGGGUAGCGGAUAUGGUUUAGGUAGCGGAUAUGGUUUGGGUAGCGGAUAUGGUUUGGGUAUCGGAUAUGGUGCAAAAAAAGGGGCUUAUUAA